UAUUAAUAUUAAUAUUAUUAAUUAACUAUAUAAUAAUCCAGCAACAAAUAAAUUUGUAAAUAAAAUACACAAAUUUUAUUCGUGUUGUGUUCAUUUAUUUUAAUGGAAUAAUUCAUGAAUUGUUUAUCAACCUCGCCAUAUUUAUUGCCACAGUGAAAGCAUAAUUAUACUAAAAAAAGAAAAAAUAAACCAGAAAAAAGAAAAAAGAAAAAAAAACACCUACCAAACACUCCCUUAACCGACCGAAACGGCAAAAGCCCUCCACUCUUUCAAGUUCCACCCUUCUCCAUUUCUCUCUCGCGUCAUUGUGCACUGUUCUACGAAGUCGAGUUUAGAUCUGUUUGAAAUUUCGUGUUUGAGCUUCUUCGUUGAAUCUCCCGAACAGUUUCAACGAAUUUGGGUUCUGAUCCGUUCUCCGCUAGUUUCUUUUUUACUCAAAACUGCAUCCGCAACAAAAGAGAAAAAAAAUCGGAACUUUUCAUUUUUCAAUUUCUUCUGUUUUUUUUUUCUUGCGGUUCAUGUUCUAAUCUAAAUUCCUUUAUGAUUUGCUGAAUUGGUUUGAUCCCCAUUAUUGUUGCUUGAAAUUGUAUCGAUUUGUUUGUUAAAUCCAAACUUGCGUGUUUUCCGGGUGGUGUAUUGAGUUUGUUUAGUACUAUAACCGAUGGGUUCUCGGAACCCGAACGGAUCUUUGCCGCAGCUAUCACAACCUUCGAAGUACGGAAUCACGAAACCGAUUUCCCUUGCGGGGCCAAGUGAGGCUGAUGUUCAGCGGAAUACGGAAUUAGAAAAGUUUUUGAUAGAGUCAGGGCUUUACGAGAGCAAAGAAGAAGCCGCAAAAAGAGAGGAGGUUCUUGGCCGUAUCACUGAGAUUGUAAAAAUAUGGGUAAAGCAAUUAACUCGUCAAAGGGGCUAUACUGAUCAGAUGGUGGAGGAAGCAAAGGCUGUCAUUUUUACUUUUGGAUCUUACCGUUUAGGGGUACAUGGACCUGGGGCUGAUAUUGACACUUUGUGUGUUGGGCCUUCUUACGUGAAUCGAGAGGAAGAUUUCUUCAUCAUUUUGCAUGAUAUUCUGGCUGAAAUGGAAGAAGUAACUGAACUUCAGCCGGUUCCAGAUGCUCAUGUCCCAGUAAUGAAAUUUAAGUUCCAAGGGAUAUCGAUUGAUCUUCUUUAUGCUAGUAUAUCUCUUUUGGUUGUUCCAGAUGACCUUGACAUCUCAUGUGUGUCUGUGCUUCAUAAUGUUGAUGAGCAAAGCGUUCGAAGUCUUAAUGGGUGCAGGGUUGCUGAUCAAAUCCUUAAACUUGUUCCAAAUAUUGAGCACUUCCGCACAGCACUUAGAUGUUUGAAGUUUUGGGCCAAAAGGCGUGGUGUUUAUUCCAAUGUUACUGGAUUUCUAGGAGGUGUAAAUUGGGCUCUUCUUGUCGCACGCAUCUGCCAGCUUUAUCCCAAUGCAAUACCUAGUAUGCUGCUUUCUCGAUUUUUUAGAGUAUAUACUCAGUGGAGGUGGCCCAACCCAGUUAUGUUAUGUUCGAUAGAAGAGGAUGAACUUGGCUUUCCUGUCUGGGAUCCACGGAAGAAUCCUCGGGACCGGUUUCAUCAUAUGCCAAUAAUAACUCCUGCAUACCCUUGCAUGAAUUCUAGUUACAAUGUCUCUGUAAGCACCCUUCGUGUUAUAAUGGAACAGUUCCAAUGUGGUAAUGGAAUAUGUGAGGAGAUUGAGCUAAACAAAGCUCAAUGGAAUACUUUGUUUGAACGAUAUCUUUUCUUUGAGGCAUACAAAAACUAUCUACAAGUUGACAUUGUUUCAGCAGAUGCUGAUGACUUGCUGGCUUGGAAAGGCUGGACGGAGUCGCGGCUUAGACUGCUUACCUUAAAGAUAGAGCGGGACACAAAUGGAAUGUUGCAGUGUCAUCCUUACCCAAACGAGUAUGUAGAUAAAUCCAAGCUGUUCCCACAUUGUUCUUUCUUCAUGGGCUUGCAAAGGAAAGAGGGAGUGAGUGGUCAAGAAGGUCAACAAUUUGACAUACGUGGAACAGUUGAUGAGUUCAGACAAGAGAUAAGCAUGUACAUGUAUUGGAAACCAGGAAUGGAUAUUUAUGUUUCUCAUGUUCGUAGAAGGCAGCUCCCUGCCUUUGUUUUCCCUGAUGGAUAUAGACGGCCUCGAACAUUGAGGCAUCCGAACCGGCAUACUGAAAAAGCUUGUGAAGAUGUCACAAGGUCACAAUCUGGUUCUGCAGAAAGACGAAUUAAGAGAAAACAUGAUGACGAGGCAGUAGAUGAAAAACUGAGCAAACCUAGAGACUGUAGUACAAGCAAUUUUGGAGGAACAUCUCAUAUUAGCAUUGGUCAAGAAGCUAAACUAGAGUACCUAAGAACUGGGGAUGUUGAUAGCAAUUCUGAUAGGCUGUUAGACCGAGAAAAAAGAUACGAGGAGAUUACCAUUCAACAGGCUAGAACUGAUGGUCAGGGGUCCCUCACCACAUGUGGGCUGACUUCUUUACAUGUAGAUAAUUUGUCAAUAGUUAGAAAUGUAGGAUCACAGGAACAGUGAGUGAACUCAGCUGUGUAAAGUCAGCUAAACAGAUGGGUGAACCUGUUAGACAGCAGUUGCUUUCUCCAUCUGAAGUUCCUGAUUCUGAAACAAGGGUAAUAUACAGGCCUGGCUUGAAUGGGAUAACGGGGAAUUUUGCAUCAGCUUACAUGGAAAAUGAAGAGAUUGGAUCUUUUAUGAGAAUUUUAAACUGGAAAAGUGGUGAUGUUGGGGUUGAUCAAGAGGUGGUCAAACCAUGUGAUCAAACAGCAGUAGUUGAAACUGCUGAAUGCGUAUGUCGGUCUAGUUCCAAUGUGCAGAACCUCAAUUGCAGGGUGAGUUUCUUUGUUUGAUGUGUUUGGGUUAAAAAGAUUGUAGCACAAGGCUGUGAGAACAAGGAACGUUCUGGAGAUAGCGAGUCAGGGAUCAAUGCAGGCUGCUGUAAUGCAGUAGAGAUUUGGAUUCACUUCUGGAAAAUGGACAUCUGAAUUCUGGUGUUGUUUUCCUAAACAGCUUGUCUGAAGGACUAAAGGUUUUGAAUUCAACUUCUGAACAUAAAUUACUUAAUUUAUCAUCUACCUCAUAGUAGCUGGUUUUCCUACUGUUUUGUUUUCUAUUUAGGAUGCCUUUUUUUGUUCCGUGUCUUUGUAGUUCAGACAUUGUGACUGUCAAUCCUGGUUUUUGUACUUUAAUCUUGAGUAACGAGGUUUUGAGCACCUAAAUGAUAUUAACUUGAUGUUUAAUGGUGCAGGAACAAAAUAUCAGAUGACUUCAAGGAUCUUAUUUCUAAUUAUUUUUCUCUAGGAAUUCUUUCAGCUACUUCAUUUAUUCAUUGAAAUUUUGUCUAGUUGUCUCUUCCUAAGCUUUUUAUCAUGUUAAUUCUUUGCCCAGUCAAUCUCCUAACUGGUGCAUAUGUGGUGGCAGGUCCUGCACCACCAUCAUACGUGCUGUGUUUCCAGUAAUUGUGCUUUAGACACUGACUCUGUUUUGUGUCUAAGACUCAGCUACUUUACCCUCUCUCUUUUUUGACUGUUCUUGUGGACGUAACUGCCCAUUUGUACUUCCACUUUGUUGUACACGCAGAUGUUGCAGUUACGAAGGUUGCAAAUUCUCAAGAUGGAGCUAGGUCAGAAACUUUGUAGAAGCCAGUAAUGAGGCUGAGUUUGAAGUCAAUGUCACAAUGUACUGUGGAUGGUGCAUUGGGAGAAUCUUUGUUUCCAAAGGAUUAAAGCCAGCGUCUUGUAAGUGUUACUCUAUUUGCUGGCUUACAUUCUGGAUUUACAGGUACACUGUAGUGGCAGCAUAAUUGGCCAUACGGAUCCAUUCUUUGGCUGUUCUGUUUAGGCGUAACGUGCUGUGUGGAUUUAGUUUGGAGGAGCAAAGAAACUUUACGAAAGCUGGUGUUUUGAAGACUCGACUACAUCUCAUUUUUGCAUCACUUGAGCGCUGUGGCACACUAGCCUCUAUUUAUUGAACAAAUCAUUCAUAUUCCAUCAAGAAAUUGUAAAUCGAAUAGGAGUGUUGCUUGUAUCAUUUAGAUAAAUUUUUGGUAGACUUAUGUAGUCCAUUGUAUACUUGUAAUACAGUUUCAUCAAUGUUCUCUAAUUAACUUUAGUCUCUCCUUCUCAUUGUAUACUUUAUUACCUGUUCUGAUGGUAAGAAUUCCGAAGUGUAUUUUCACUUCUCAGUUGUGAAAUAAAAUGUUGGCAGAAUCAUUUGAUCUGUCUAAACCUUUAAAAA